AUGGAGGGAAAUAUCCCCCUGAUUUAUGUCCUACUCAAACUUCUUGCAGCUUAUUACUAUAAGAGAUAUGUUGUGAAGUUGGAGAGUUCUGCUUCCAUUAAGGGAAUAAGAGAGGAAUGUUCUGCCUGUGAUAUAAGAUUGCUGUUUACUGUCUAUUGGGAAGACCCUCAUAACUCUGGCUCUGAAACGGUGCACCUGGAGCAUUCAAAGGAUUCUAGUGAGGAAUCCAACAAUGAGACAAGCCAACCGUACCAAGGCCUCACUGGCCUGCGCAACUUGGGGAACACUUGCUACAUGAAUGCAGUUUUGCAGUGCCUCUGCAGUAUAUCCCCAUUGGUGGAGUAUUUUCUCUCAGGGAAGUAUGUAACUGCCCUACACAAGGAAAACGGUGAGGUUGCUACCGCCUUUGCCUAUUUGAUGACCGAUAUGUGGCUGGGAGAGUUUGAGUGCGUCUCACCAGAGGUGUUUCGUUCAGUCAUCGGCGACUUAUGCCCGGCUUUUACCAAGAAGACUCAGCAGGAUGCCCAGGAGUUUCUGAUUUAUGUACUGAACGAAUUACAUGAGGCGCUUAAGAAGUCAUGCAAAAGGAGAUGCUAUGGGAACACAUCCACUUCUAGGGAAGAUAGGGGAACUGGCAGUGAAACAUCAAUCAUCACCCAACUAUUUGAGGGGCAGCUCAGUUAUGACAUUACAUGCCUGGCGUGUCAGACCACCACCGAUAAGAACGAGGUCUUUACAGUUCUUUCUCUUCCCAUCCCUUCUGAGAGUGCCUGCUCUCUACAGGACUGUCUUGAAUGUUUCUUUCAACAAGACACACUGACAUGGAACAAUCAAAUUCACUGCUCCUUCUGUGGAACUAAGCAAGAUGCUGCAGUAAAGGCCAACAUAGGCAAGGCGCCAAAGAUGGUUAUUUUUCACUUAAAGAGGUUUGACUAUCAAGGCAGCUACAAAAGGAAACUGGGGACUAACAUAUACUAUCCACUAAGCAACUUGGAUCUUUCGCCUUAUAUUUAUCCACUCUUUCGGAAGAAUCCAAAAUACAACUUGUGUGCUGUGGUGAACCAUUUUGGUUAUGUGGAUUGUGGCCAUUAUACGGCAUUCUGCAAGCACACGCUCACCCAGAACUGGUACAGCUUCGAUGACGCACAGGUCAGCGAGAUUCCACAAGCCUCAGUGCAGACUGCUGCAGCUUAUCUCCUAUUCUACAGCUGUAAAGCCUUCUCUGUACCUACCAAAACCCAUAAGUACUAG